AUGAUAAAGAGAUUAGUAACCCUCUUUAAGCAACGGGCUAUCGACCCACCCCGAAUACUACAGACGGUCUUUCUUUCUUUCUUUCUUUCUUUCUUUCUUUCUUUCUUUCUUUCUUUCUUUCUGCCACAUUUCUGUAGUUUUCUUUCUUUCCUUCUCUAUCCACCAGACAUUUCUUUUACUCUACUCAGCUUGUACUCUCACAUUUUUGCCAAACAUUCAGACAUUUUUUUUAUUCACUCCUUCCAGCGUUUCUACUUAUUUACCUACUACUGCUUUUUUUUUGUUUUCUUUCUCUCUCCUCCACCUCCUCCUCCUCCUCCUUCUUCUUCUUCUUCUUCUUCUUCUUCUUCUUCUUCUUCUUCUUCUUCUUCUUCUUCUUCAAUUGAUUUAAAAUCUCCAGCCGAACUCUCGAUGGGUGAGGUUUGUGCUUUCAGUCACCUCAAAGCAGCGGCGGAACAGGUACUUGGUGAAGAGCUUCUUGAAAUUAGAAAUCACCUACUGGUCCCUGGGCUGCAGGAUAGGGGUGGUGUUGGUUGGAAAGUAGAGAACCUUUAUAAAUUUGAACUCUUCGAGGUUAGUCUCUGGGGUUUUCCGAAUGAUAAACGAGCAGCAGCUUUAUCUUGCAGUCGUCGCUCGCAUCGGCGCACACUGAAAGGGUUAGCCUAUCCUUCAUGGGUUUCUUCCUGGCAUCCUCUCCUCUGCCGUUAUAUAAGUCCUCUUUGGCAUCUUCCAAAAAAGUCCUGUCUCGUCAUUGAAAACUUUCUGGGAGAUUUGUCCUUCGGUUGCUAUAAUUCCGGCAAAAGUUUUGAGGUGACCAUCAGCUGCCUUCAUGCCCGCGCUCGCUGUCACACCAUGCCUUAG